UAGUUUCUCUCGUCUUCCCCGAUCCCUAACUUCAUGUUAAUGAAAUUGUCUCACAGGAGCCAUUACAGCUCUCUUCUUCCUCGCAAAUUCAAACAGUGCAUACUAGGCUUAUCACCAGAGUCCAAAAUCCUUGGCCUUUGCAAGUCGGGCGCCCUUUUAGGAGCUCUACAUCUUCUUAAUUCCACAGGUUCCAGCGAAAUCUCUAGAAAACCUAUCGUCUACGCUUCUCUGUUACAGGCUUGCACUACAACCCUCUCAUUCAUCCACGGGCUCCAAAUCCAUUCCCACAUAAUCAAGUCUGGCCUUGAGUGUGACCGUUUUGUAGGAAACAGUUUACUCUCAUUGUACUUCAAACUCGGUCGUGAUUUUUCAGAGACCCGAAAAGUGUUUGAUAAUUUGUUUGUUAAAGAUGUAAUAUCGUGGUCUUCUAUUAUUUCAGGGUACAUUCGUAUUGGAAAACCCUUGGAAUCGCUUGAAAUGUUUUUGAAAAUGUCUGAACUCGGAAUCGAACCCAAUGGGUUCACCCUUUCAGCUGCAAUUAAGGCAUGUUCAGAGCUCGCUGCUCUGAAGCUUGGUAGUUGCUUUCACGGAAUGGUUCUAGGACGUGGAUUUGGUUCGAAUUGUGUCAUAGCCAGCUCUCUUAUAGAUAUGUAUGGGAGAAAUUUUACUUUAGAAGAUGCACUCCUUGUGUUUGAUGAGAUACCGCAACCGGAUGCUAUUUGUUGGACUUCAGUUAUUUCGGCAUGCACGCGGAAUAAUUGCUUUGAGGAAGCUCUAGGUUUCUUUUACUUAAUGCAGAGGAAGUAUGGAUUGUUUUCUGAUGGAUUUACAUUUGGGACUGUUCUAACAGCAUGUGCGAAUCUGGGAUGGAUGAAACAAGGUAAAGAGGUUCAUGCUAAGGUACAUACAGCUGGGAUUUGUGGCAAUGUGGUUGUUGAAAGCAGCCUUGUAGAUAUGUAUGGGAAAUGUGGUUUGCUACAGGAAUCUCGUCGGGUUUUUGAUCGGAUGGCUACAAAGAAUUCAGUAACUUGGUGUGCAAUGCUUGGCAGUUACUGUCAAAAUGGUGACUUCAAAUCUGUUAUUGAGCUUUUCAGGAUGAUGGAGAAGCAGGAUGACCUCUACAGUUUUGGGACUGUUCUUCGUGCUUGUGCAGGUAUAACAGCUGUGAGACUUGGGAAAGAGGUACACUGCCAGUAUCUGAGGAGAGGAAGUUGGAGAGAUGUUGUUGUGGAAUCAGCUUUAAUUGAUCUUUAUGCGAAAUGUGGCUGUAUUAAUUAUGCACACACGAUUUUUUUUCAAGUUCCAGUUAGAAAUUUGGUAACUUGGAACUCAAUGAUAUGUGGUUUUGCUCAAAAUGGCAGAGGUGAGGAAGCUCUUAGGUUAUUUGAUGAGAUGGUUAAGGAAGGUGUUAAACCUGAUUAUAUUAGCCUUGUUGGGGUUCUUUUUGCAUGUAGUCAUACAGGUUUGGUUGAUCAAGGGCGGAAAUAUUUUGCAUCAAUGCAAGAGGAUUAUGGGAUUGAAGCUGGUGCGGAGCACUAUAAUUGCACAGUUGACCUUCUUGGCCGAGCUGGGCUACUGGAGGAAGCUGAGGAUUUGAUUAAAAAGGCAGUUUUUAAAGAUGAUUCGUUCCUUUGGUCAGCUCUUCUUGGCGCAUGUACAGCUUAUUCUAACCCUGUUGUAGCAGAGCGCAUUGCAAAGAAAAUGAUGGAACUAGAACCAGACUACCACUUGAGCUAUGUUCUUCUUGCUAAUAUUUAUAGGACAGUUGGCCGGUGGGAUGAUGCUCUAAAGAUUAGGAGGUUAAUGAAAGAUAGAGGAAUAAAGAAAAUGCCUGGUAAGAGCUGGAUUGAAAUCAAGGGAAAUAUGGGAUAUUCAGCUCCUGUAAGAAAGAGGAAUUGUCAAGAUAUUGGAGGAUUGAGUUUGCAGUUGUGAAGAUUACAUUGUGGAUCAUCUAUAAGCCUGAUUUUCCGCUUCCAUAUUGAAGAGUAAAUUUUAU